GAGCAUCUCCUCGCUUGUACGUCCAUUCCGUCAAGCCACAGCUGCACGAAGCGACGUGAGUGACUGAAAUGAAGAAAUCCUUUGCAGAGGAGGAGAGGGAUGACGUGCCAUACUUGCGCUGCCUGGCGGACAGGAAAGGCCUGCUGAUUGGCACUGCUGUCAAUGACUGGGCCCUGCGCAGCGGCGACGCUCCUUAUCAGCAGAUUCUGCAAAAACAGUUCAACGUGGUGGUAGCUGAGAAUGCCUGCAAGUGGGGAUCUCUUCGGCCGUCGAGGUCGGUAUUCGACUUCACCGAUGCAGACAGGAUCCAGCAGCUGGCGGAGGACAACAAGCAGAAGUUCCGGGGACACUGCCUGUGAGCUGGCGUGUUUGUUUGGUCAGUGCAGAUCUGCACUGCACUGCACACCAUCUUGCCUGUGUGUGUGUGUGUGGUGUGCAGGGUGUGGCACAACUGGAAUGGCAACCCGGAGUGGCUCAAUCGCUUCCACGGCAGUGCUCAGGAGAAGCAGGCCCUACUCGAGGAGCACAUCGGCACUGUGGUGAGGCACUUUGGCGGCAAGAUCUUCGCUUGGGACGUCGUCAACGAAGGUGAUUGGGCCAGUCGUGGCAUCAGCACCGACCAUGUGCACAUCCAUCUGUCGUCUUUCACUGCUUGCGUGUGGCCAGCGCUUGAAGAUCAGCAGCCGGCCCCGUCGUGCCCCGCCCUCCGUAAGUCCAUAUGGUCAGACAUCCCCGACUUUAUCGACUUGGCCUUCCGCCGCGCCCACGAGGCCGCCCCGCCCUCCACACAGCUUUUCUACAACGACUACAACGUCGCCUCCUGCAGGGGAUGGUCCAAGCCUAAGGCAGACGCCAUGUUGCAUCUUGUCAGGGGCAUGCUCGAAAGGGGCGUGCCCAUACACGGGGUCAGUAGGCAGCAAACAGACGAGUGGUGCACAGGCACAUCUAUCUAUGUGUCUGCUCUCUGCUUAAUCUGUGUGUGUGUCAGGUGGGCUUCCAGCUGCACACCAACACUCACGCCAACACGUCAAUGCUGAUGGACGGCAUCCGCGAGAAUGUGAGGCGCUAUGCUGACCUCGGCAUUGUGGUGCACAUGACGGAAGUCGACGUGCCAGGUGAGCGUCAAUGGUGGCAAACAUCUGUGGUUGUGACCGAUUGCCCACGUGUGUGGUGUGUGUGCAGGUGGCCAGUGGGAUCACGGCAAGUUUCAUCCACUGCCAGCGGACAAGUGGACGGACGCCGACAGGGCGACUCAAGCGGACAUAUACGGCGAGCUCCUCAAGAUCUGUGUGGAAGAGCCGAACGUCAAGGCCUUCCUGAGCUGGGGAUUCACCGACAAAUACACGUGGCUGCCAGGUACUGCGUAUAGAGAGAUGCAUGUGUCCUAGCGGCAUGUGUCCCAUGUGUGUCUGUGUGUGCGCGUGUCUACAGAGGAUUGUCCACUGCCGUGGGACCGUCAGUACGGAGAGAAGCCAGCGGUGAAGGCGAUGCGGCGGGCACUAGAAGCGUGAUCAAUACAUGUGGAUGAAAGGAAAGAGAAUUCGAAGUUUUUGUGUUGUCAAAGGGAUGGGGCAAUGGGCAGACUACAUGGAUUUACGUUGCACAUAGAAUGCGUGUCCGUUUGCAAGCAAGGAGGCUGCG